UGUCGUUGCUCCUUCUCCAUUGGCUCUCCCUCCGUUGUGCACGCAGCCUUCACACCCGCCCGGCCCCCCCACAGCACAGUGCGUGCGCCGAACGAGAGUGUGCACCCUUACCCACGCUGCCAGGAUCAAGACACCGCUUCCCACGCUGCUUCUUAGAGAGGAGAAAGGAUGGAGAAAAAGAGCGAGAUCAACGGGCACGCACUGCCCAGCUCCGCGUCCACCGAUAUGAUCGUGGAGAAAAGCCCGAAGAUGAAGAAGAGUUUCAAGGAGAAGCUGAUGGAGUUCCUUGGGAAGAACCUGCUGGUGAUCCUGACGGUGUCCGGGGUGCUGGUGGGCGUCGGGCUCGGUAUGAUGGUCCGCAACAUGGACCUCACCAAGGCGCAGAUGACCUACUUCGCCUUCCCCGGAGAGAUGCUCCUCCGGAUGCUGAAGAUGAUCAUCUUGCCCCUGGUGGUGUGCAGCCUGGUGUCCGGCGCCGCCAGCCUGGACACGCGCUCCCUGGGCAAACUGGGGGGCAUCGCGGUCGCCUACUUCCUGGUGACCACGCUGAUCGCCUCGGGGAUCGGGGUGACCCUGGCCUUCAUCAUCAAACCCGGGGUGGGGGCUGGAGCCCUGAACACCAACGACCUGGGGCUGGAGAGCAUCAGCAACAACAAGGAGACCACCGACUCCUUCUUAGACCUGGCAAGGAAUUUAUUCCCAGCUAAUUUGGUGGCAGCUGCUUUCCGCUCUUAUGCCACUGAUUACAAGAUGGUUGCUGUAGGGAACGACACAAACGGGACUGCCCUCUAUCAAAAGGUGCCUAUUGGUACAGACACAGAUGGCAUGAACAUCCUUGGUCUGGUGUUAUUUGCGAUGGUGUUUGGCGUGGCGCUGAGGAAGCUGGGAGAAGAGGGGGAGGAACUCAUCCGUUUCUUCAAUGCUUUCAACGAGGCCACCAUGGUGCUGGUGUCCUGGAUCAUGUGGUAUGUCCCUUUUGGCAUCAUGUUCCUUGUGGGCAGUAAGAUUGUGGAGAUGGAAGAUGUUGGUCUUCUGGUCACUAGUCUGGGAAAAUAUAUAUUUGCUUCGAUCCUGGGCCACAUUAUCCACGGCGGCAUCGUCCUGCCCCUCAUCUACUUCGGCUUCACACGCAAGAACCCCUUCAGUUUCCUGUCAGGCCUCAUCACACCCUUCACCACGGCCUUCGCCACUUGCUCAAGUUCAGCAACUCUUCCCUCCAUGAUAAAGUGUAUCGAGGAGAACAAUGGAGUCGACAAGCGCAUCAGCCGCUUCAUCCUUCCCAUUGGGGCCACUGUCAACAUGGACGGAGCAGCCAUAUUCCAGUGCAUCGCUGCUGUCUUCAUCGCUCAGCUCAACAAUUAUGAGCUGAACGCUGGACAGAUAUUCACCAUCCUUGUGACAGCUACAGCCUCAAGUGUGGGCGCAGCAGGCAUCCCAGCUGGCGGCAUCAUAACCAUCGCCAUCAUUCUGGAGGCCAUCGGCUUGCCUACCAACGACCUAUCACUUAUGCUGGCUGUCGAUUGGAUUGUGGAUCGUACCACAACGGUGGUGAAUGUGGAAGGCGAUGCUUUGGGAGCUGGAAUCCUCCACCACAUCAACCAACAGGAAAUAAAGAAGCAGCAGGAGCGGCAGCAGCAGCAGGAUGGGGAGCUGGCUGAGGUCCGGGUGGAGGCGGUGGCCAAUGCCCAGGCGGAAGAGGAGACCUCCCCGCUCGUCACAAACCAAACCAAAGCCUCAGCGGCCAUGCCGGAAGCCAUUGAGUCUGUCUUGUAAAAUGUGCAAGACUUUUCUUUCUUGCUUCCCGACCUUUCACUAUUUCUGAUGAUGCUGCUGAUGGGACACCAUUCUCACUCAGAGUCAAUUCAAAAACACAAGGUCACUGAUGGAUCACUUGGAGGGAAAACAAAGUGCCAUAGCAACAGUCUGUCUAGAGCAUUGACAGUAUACAGUGUAUCUACUUGGUUAAAAUAACUGGGUUUACUGCAGAUUAGGAUAUAAUGAAUUUCAGAACUAUUGCAUUUUAAAACAUUUCCCCAGUCUAGUUUUUAAAAGAAAUCACUUGAGGUACUUCUGUUUGUAUUUUUUUACAUUUUUUACGUAUUUUGCGAAAGUCAGUAAGGGAAACAUUUGAUGUGUAUCAAUAUCCCUAAAACAUUCCCAUAAAUGUCGUAGUUGUGUUUGUCUGAUGUAAUGAGAUGCUCACAGCCAUAAGUUUAUACAUUAGAGCACCUCAAGUGCAUUUAUCUGUUUUUAUCUUUAGACAGCAAAUACAACGGCCAACAUAAACUAUAGAACACUAACAACCAAAUGCUGACAAGCCAAAGUGUCUAACACAUGCUUGACAGUGUCUGUCCUAACUUAUUUACACGUUCAGGAUGCCUGUUCAAUCACUUUAACUUAGCUGGUGGAAACGUACUAAUUUGCAUUUUAUUUUUUCAACUAAUUCGCUUUACGUUCUUUGCCUAAUGGAAACGUCAGUUUGAUUCUUUCAAAGUCAGAAUAUUGUGAAAAAGGGAACUGUUUUGUCCCCAUUUUAGAAAUGGUAGUUUGUCAUAGUUCAGUGAGAUGUUUACAAGAUGUUCCGGUGCUUUAAUUUGCUGACUGUCAGCAGAUGUCAAACAUUAACCCUUCAAAUCAAAGGCUAAGCAUUUGGCCUCAUGCAACCUGUUUAUCUAUUGACGAACUGUUUCCGUAUGGUAAGUCAUUUUGAACAUUGGAUUAUUUGGUACCGUGGUUUUAAAUCAGAAAAAGCCAACUGACAACUUUAUAAGGUAACUUACUUUACCUUCCGUGGUCUCCUAUCUGAUAUGAUUAGCACUUCUCACUUCUCUAAUUAUAUUAUGAAAGCAGUUUAGAACACUUUCCUUUAGACAUUUGCUCCUAGAGGCUUUUUAAGAAUCCACUAAUGGCCACACGCAGCAGUUUUGGUGAGCUAGCUAUCACAUUUUUUAUAAGCUAGUUAGCUAUGCAGAUGUUUGCGUGUGGACAUAUUUUUUACCCUUUUUGUUACUACAUCAUUGUGUGACUUAUCAAAAAGUAAUUGUAGCUUUGUAGCUAAUUGCUUUUGAUAAAAUUGUUAUCAACAAGUCUGAAAAGUACCUAGUUUGUUUUGAACUUUGCUUGCAAGCUAAUCAGCUGGCUAAAGCAAUGCUAACAUGCAUCCAUAAGUAAGCUAUGGGGCUAACUGCUCUUUAUUUAUUUAUUUGCAAAUGGUUGCUUAUCAGGUGUUUGGACUAAGUUGAGGUUAGCUAACCUGAUACUAGUGGUAAUGUAACGAACUAAACAGUUGUGAAAAGAUUGAUUUGUGGAAAAAGAUAAGAUAUCUAUGAGAUACAAUUCAACCCUCUGUUGUUGUCAAAAGGGUUGCUUAAAGACAUUCACGGGACAAGUACGGUAAAAACACAUGUUGGUGUAACAUCAUGAAAACACUCCCAUUUAUUAACAUAUAGCCUAUUCAAGUUAUGGUUGUCAGUAAGAUCAGUAGUUUAGGAUUAAGAAAUCCACAAGGAAUUCACUCAAACAAAUCUUUAUCAAAUGUUUACACACAAAUAUUGGACCAAAAUGCAUGAUGAUUUCACAUCGUACUGUUUAUCAUUAUUUUGGGAAUCGAUCCUUUGUGUUGGUUAUCCAGCUCAGUGGUGUCUCAUGGGCUUGCAUCAUAUAAGUCUGGAACUAACACAGAACUUAGUGGCUAAAUUGCUAAAUCUUUAAGGUAGAUUUUGCUCGAUUUAAUUCAGUCUGGUUUAUUUUAAAAUGUAGGAAAUUACCACAUUUUUAUGGUUAAGCAUGAAAUGUCCCUUUUGGAUGCAAGACUUGACUGAAAGAAUUAGCCUUUGAUGCCCUCUACUGGUGAUAUUAGGGUGAAAAUAGUAAACUGAGCCAUUGUCGGGUCAACACUUGAGAGUUUUCAGCAGGCUUUGUCGUUACAUAACUCGUAAUAUUUCCUAUUUAUUUCAUCUUUUAUCUAACAUUCAUCGGGAACAACUGCUCCAUUGCAGAGUCCUGUGAUUUAAUACUGUAUUUUUGGGUAAAGACCCCUAAAAAAAUGAAGGAACAUCAUGAAGCUAAAUGUAUGUCGCUGUCCCCUAACGUCUGAGGUGCUCAUUAUGACGCAAUGGUACUGCUAUAGUUUUAGUGUGUAUGUUGAUACUGUGAAAACUAGUAUGUUGAACAUUUCUUACUCAUUAAUUCAGAUUUAACUGAUUACUUUUUUAAGCUAACCACUGCUCUGUUAACCUAAAGCUUUAUGGUUAGAUUUUCUUAAGUAUAUCUGGUACAAUCACAUGUAAUUACAUUUAAUGUGUACAUGUACUUUAUAUUUUAUAUUAAUUUAUUUUAAUUGUUUCGUAUUAUUUGUACUUUCUCUUUUUAACACCCUCAGUGUUGAUUAUUUGGUACCACUUUACAAUAAGACUACCCUUAUAAAGGGUUUAGGAAUAGUUUGUAAUUCAUUUAUUAAUUAGGUUGUAAACACUUUAUA